AAAAUCAAGGAUUUUAUUUAUUAGCAAAAGUCGAAGGAUUUCAGGCAGAAAAUUGUACCAAAACCUGGGUUCCAUUACUUUCAGGUUAUACCAUUUAUACACUACAUGCCAAUCAUUUUUACAAGUUUCAAAUUCAAAAAACUGAAGAUUGCAAAUUAGCUUUUUUAUGGGUGGAUUAUGGGUGUGAUUCAAGUUUUAUUGUACCAAAAAAGUCAAAAAUUGAAGAUAAUUUAUUCAAAUUUCGAAGUCAAAUUGAUUGUAGUGGCAGAUUUUCAAUUCCUUUUCUUUUAGGGUUAAACAUUUAUGAGAAUGUAGCUUAUUUACGUGUGAUCAUAAGAAAAGAAGGAGUCAAAUUAAAUCCUUUGGAAUCUCAGGCUGCAUUUGUUCGUGUUCAAGAACUUGAAAAUCAAAUGCACAAUGAAAAAAGAAAAAAUAAAAGAUUACGAAAUUCUUGUGAUGUUAAUAAUAAUGUCACUAUAACUGAUAUCAGCGAUUGUGGUGAUGAUGAUAGUGAUGUGCAAUCAGAUGAAGAAACAGAUGAACAAUCAUGCAUAGUCAAAAAUUUGAUAGAACAGUCCAAAGUUGGGUCACAUAUUUUUGUUGACACUGAAAUUUACCUUAAGUUACUUGUAAACCAACCAUGCAUAAAAUGUGGAUCUAUAGAAUUAAUUAAGAAAGCUCACAAAGCAUCUACACAUGGUUUUAUUUUAAAUGUAAUUGUACAUUGUAAAAUUUGUGGAAAAAAAACGAAGUUUAAUAAUUCAAAUCCUAAUUUAUCCGAGAAUAUUUCAACUUCAGCUCUAAUUGGAGGUAUAAACCAUGAAGAAUUUAGAGAUACACUGGCUGCUAUAGGAAUCACUAGGCAAAGCUGUAAAUCAUCAUAUUUUGAUCAUCAAGCUAAAAUAUUUUUAAAUAUAACAAAGAAAGCAGAAGUAAGUGCUGAAAAGUCUUUUCAAAAUUUGAUACAAUUUAUUAAAGAAAAAGGUGAACGUGUAUUACCAGUAUCAUUUGAUACUUCAUGGUCACAUUGCCGUAAUGCAAACCAGGCAAGUGGGGAGUUUAUAAGUGGAGUAGAUAUUCCUGGUUAUAUACAUAAACCUGUCAUUGCUUUCCAUGUAGCAGAAAAACCUAGAAUUGCAAAUUUAGAUGGCAAAGAUGUCAACUUACAUGAAGGGAAUCAUAAUGAUAGUUCCAAAACAAUGGAACAUUCUAUCUUAAUAAAAAUAAUGGAAAAAAUACAACCUAUAAUAAAUCGUGAAAAUUUGUUGCUUGAUGUUUGCAUUGAUGGAGAUUUGGAUUCAAAUAAAACAUUGGCCAACUUUCCUUUUGUAAAUAGGAUUUAUGCUGAUUUACAACAUUCUACAAAGAGAUUUCGUAAAAGAAUAGAAAAGGAUAAUACUUGGAAAGAAUUUGCUGAUAUUUCUAUGUGCUACUUCACUGAUUCUAUUUUUGCAGCAACCAAAAGAAAAGAAGAAAAUCCUAAUGGUGCAAACUAUGAUGAAGAUUUGUAUUUUGUACAAACUGUGGGAUUAACAAGCCAUCUUUCAGGUGAUCAUCAACAUUGUUGGGAUGAAAUAUGUACUUACAAAAAAACCGGUGAAUCAUUGAAAUCACCAAACUUAUAUAAUUAUAAUAACUAUCAGAAAUUAUCAUUUAGAACAUUUUUAGAAAAGGUUUUCAAAUUACCAUUAAGGCAAAGUCUAAUUAGUCCAUAUCGAACUAACUAUAAUGAAUCUUUCAAUAGAGUAAAGUUACGUCAUACCAAUAAAUUAAUUGAAUACUGGAAAUCCUUUACAAGUCGUCAUUCAGCAUCUGUUUUGUAUUAUAAUGAAGGAAUAUUGGAUUUUCUUGUAAUUUAUAGAGACAUUAGCAAAUAUAGUGAAUAUUCAAAUGUUGAUUUGGAAAAUAUUAGUAAAAUUGCUUGUGAACAAUUUAAAAAACAGUUUGAUUCAAUAGAUUUUGCCUCAAAUUUGGUACCUUAUGGGAAAAAAGCACAAGAUGAAAUUAGAACUGGCAUAUUUCGACCUUCUUUUGCUAAUAUGUUAAUAGAUUAUAAUGUUAAACUUUCAUGUAUUGGAUGUCAAGCAUUUUCUAGAUUUUUUUCAAAUGGACUUUGUCGUGUUUGCAAUUUCUAUUACAUUAAUGGCUUAAUGGAUAACAUUCUAAACAAUCAAUGUUCAUUGGUUGUAAAUCAGCCCAUCAGCAAUUUAAAUAACAAUUAUUUAGAAAAAAUAAAAUCAGUUGCAUGUGAGGUAUUUGAUUUUAAAGAAUUGAGACCUGGCCAAGAAACUGCAGUUUUGGAAUAUAUUAAGGGAAAAAAUGUAUUUGUUUCUAUGAGAACUGGAGCAGGAAAAACAUUUUGCUAUGCAGCAUCAGCAUUGAUAAGAUCUGGUCUAACAGUUGUAUUAUCUCCAUUAAAGGCAUUAAUAGAUGAUCAAUUGAUUGAAUUUAUAAAAAUAGGAAUCCCAUCUGCAAAACUAUAUAGAUCUGAAAAGCAAUCAUUGACCUAUCAAGAAAAAAUUUUAUCUGAAAUUGGUUCUGGAUUAACUCGCAUUUUGAUUGUCACUACUGAAAAAUUUACUAAUAAUUUUACCUUUCGGAAUAUGUUAAAAUCAAUUAAAUCUUCUAGAGGAUUAUCAUUCAUU